AACUUGAAGCUGCUCCAGAAAACACGUAUCGCUUUGUUAAUCCGCACAAUCAAAAUUCCCUCCUUGCCUUCUUCGCUUCGACUCUCUCUAUCUCUCUCUGCCAAAGCAGAAUGCCGAAAUUCUCUGCAAAUCUCGUGGGAAAGCGUGGUGUAAUAAGAGCUGCAGAUUUCAUCAUCACUGUACUUAGCUUUAUCGUUUUUUUGGCUCUGGAUUUCCUCGACGCUCUUCUCUGCGUGUUAUAUCGAUUCAUCGACGAUUUCUUGGAAGGAAGCUCAGCUGCUUCCUCGUGCUACUGCUCUCGGGGUGGGGAGGAAAGCGAGGUGUCGGAGACGCUUUGCCGGAGGAAAAAUGUUUUCCGGGGAAUGCUGGGCGGUUUUACUCAUUUCGCCGGAAUCUUCAAGAAUGCAAGGGGUGGUGGAAGAGGAAGAGGGAAUAGGUGGUCUGACUGUGGGUGUGAGUCUUGUGUUUCUUGGAUGAAGAAUGGCGUCACUGAUGAUUUAAGGCUUCAUUUUGUUGUCACACAACCACCUAAUAAAGAUAAGUUGGAGGAUGUAGAUGGCAAGGGAGCAGAAAACGUAAUAUUCUUGCAUGGUUUUAUGGCAUCUUCGUCGUUUUGGACUCAAACUGUUUUCCCCUAUCUAUCUGAAGAAGAUUCAAGGCAAAAGUAUAGAUUGUUUGCAGUAGACUUACUGGGAUUUGGGAAAAGCCCGAAACCAAUGGAUUGUUUAUACACAAUAAGGGACCAUAUUGAAAUGAUUGAAAAAACAGUGAUUGUUCCAUUUGAGAUGAAAUCUUUUCACUUGGUUGCUCACUCCAUGGGAUGUGUGAUAGCAGUGGCAUUAGCAGCAAAGUACUCCAAGUCUCUGAAAUCGAUCACCUUGAUAGCACCCCCUUAUUUCCCCUCUUCUAGAGAGGAUGCUAGUUUGGCAGCCCUAGAGAAGCUUGCAGCGAGACGAGUAUGGCCGCCAUUGCUGUUCGGCUCGGCCUUCAUGUCAUGGUAUGAGCAUCUAGGCAGAUGUGUGUGUUUCCUUUUCUGCAGAAACCACAGAACCUGGGAAAGGAUUCUGAAACUGAUCACUAGAAGGGAUGUGCAUUUCGUGGUGGUUGACAUGACGCGACACACUCACCAUUCGGCGUGGCACAGCAUGCACAAUGUGAUCUGUGGUGGAGCAAAGGUGAUGGAUAAGUACUUGGAAACACUGAGAAUUUGUGGAGUGAAAAUGAAUGUGAUUCAAGGCUCAAAGGACCAAGUAGUUCCAUUGGAAUGCAGCAGAAACAUGAAGAUGCAAGUUGGAGAUAAUGCAGAAGUGAAAGUUAUAGCCAAUGCGGAUCACACUUCUGUAGUUGUAGGCAGAGAAGAGGAAUUUACUAGAGAUUUAGAGCAAUUUUGGGCAUCCAUUACUACUUCAUCAGAUGUGGCAUGAAUUUUUAUUUUUUUUUUCCAAAUUCUUUUUGAAAUAUUUCCCCACCCUCCGAUUCAGAAGAAAUUCUUUGUAAAUGCAUUGAUUGUUGUAAUCUCAAUAAAAUUUCCAUGGCUUUUGAUAAGCUAGUGGACUAUAGUCACUCAA